GGAGAACGUGCCUCAAGUCACAGAAUACACUCCAGCUCAGUUCACAUCCAGUACACAUUCGUUCAACGCCACUCAGACAGUCUUUACAUCAAAACUCACAAUGAAGUUCAAUUCGGUUCUCCUCGCCGUCGCUGCCGCGCUCAGCAUUGCACAAGGCGCUCAGAUGAACGCGGAGGCCAACGAAGUCGUCGCUCGCGCCGCAGAGGCAGAGCCCCAAGGGCACGGUCCAGGCGGCAAUUUCCAAGCUAGUGGCAGUGGUGGCGGCAGCUCAGGUGGCAGUUCGGGCGGCAGCAGCGGCAACAGUAACAACAACAACAAAGAGUGCGACGACGACGACGAUGAUGAUGGACACUGCAACUCCGCAACAGGACUCUCGCUCCCAGUGUUCGGUAGUGUGGCUGGACUUGCGGUGGCUAUGGCUGCCUUGCUGUGAAGCAGUGUUGCUGGGGAAUUUUCGGGAGUUGAUAGGAAGUGAGGUCUGGAUAAUCAUGGCGAGUGGUUUGUCGACUUUGAUGGAGUUGCCGGUUUCGGUGGUGGAGCUGCGGACGUAAGCCUACCAUAGUAUCUCCAUAACAAGAGUAGCCGUCGCCAACUGUCGGAACAAUGAAUCUUCGUGUGUCUCACUCAAACUCUCCAGGCACCAGCUUAAGAUCUUUUUCACUUGGUCGGCGAGCCACAAAUAAGUACCUCGUUGAGCAUAGCG